CAAGAACCGGGCUUUGAGAUGACCGUCGCUUUUGGACAACGGAAGCUGGUGUAUAAAUACUCUCGCCACGCACGUCUUGUGUCCUUCUGUCAACCUGGGUCUCCCUAUUCUUACCCAGAUCCAUAUUCUGCGCAGACUUGACGCCAAAAUGCCUUGCAACAACAGUCCUGCCAGCUUCAACCCCGAAACUGACAUUCCUCCACUGGAUGGCAGAGUGAUCCUCAUUACAGGAGGCACCCAUGGUCUGGGCAAACAGUCUGUCCUCGAGUUUGCUCGACACAAUCCUCGCGAGAUCUGGCUCGCAGCCCGUAACGAGGUCCAGGCCAGAACUGUCGCCAACGAGAUAGCGCAGACUGUUCCCGGGGCGACUAUUCGUAUCCUCGAAUUAGAUCUCACUUCAUUUUCAUCGGUCGAGAAGGCAGCGAAGACAUUCCUGUCGGCCUGUGACCGGCUGGACAUUCUCAUGCUCAACGCCGGCAUCAUGGCCGUGCCACCCGGAACAACCAACGAAGGCUACGAGAUCCAGUUUGGCACCAACCACAUGGGCCAUGCGCUUCUGACCAAGCUGUUGUUGCCAAUCCUCGAUAACACCAUCAACACCACCCCCAGCGCAGACGUGCGCGUCGUCUCGGUUUCGUCCAAUGGGCACCGUUACCUUCGGCGGGGAGGCUUCCGCUUCGACUCCCUCACCACCACGGCGGAUGACAUGGGUGCCUAUGAACGGUACUAUCAAAGCAAGCUAGCGAAUGUGCUGUGGGUGAAACAAAUGGCGGUACUGUAUCCGCAGUUUCGGGUUGCGGCUGUUCACCCGGGCGUUGUGCAGACCCAUCUGGCGGCUGGAGCGACAGCCUCUCCCAUCAUGCUACGGGCGUUCGCGAAGGUCGCAUACAAGCUGUUUAGACCAGUGGAGGAGGGGGUCCGAAAUCAACUCUGGGCCUCUGUCGCACGGGACGUCCAUAGUGGGGAGUACUAUGAGCCCGUUGGUGUGGGAGGUCGGACUAGUGAAGACGGAAAGGACAGGAAGCUGGCACAAGAGCUGUGGGAAUGGACGGAGAGCGAACUGAACAGGUAUCUUGCUAGGUCCGUUCAGUGAAUAGUAGGCUUUGACAAUGGCUGUUUUCCUGUCUACGGCUGAUUGCAUGUUUCGUGUUGAGAGGGUUUAUGUGCUGUUUUGUGUUCAACAAUUUUCACUAAGGUAAUUUAUCAGCCAGCAUCAGGGGUUUGUAGCGCGAUGGAAAUACGAGCCCAGUAAUGGGUUGGUAUAUCUGGUUGGGAUGUUAAAGCAUAUAAUUAUGAUAUAAUUAUCAACAAUAUCAUGUAGUUAAUCAUCUGCACUGACUGGAGACUAUUGCA